UCAGUCAGACUUUGAACUGUGCACUGGCGCUCAUCACCGCUAAUCUCUGACCGCCCGCUUGUCAUCAACGGACGCUGACACUCAUCACCGAGCAGCCCAGAUAUAUAGAUUAGGAUGAACACUUGCUGAGAGGAACCCGAACAGGGCGACACCGACGGGGGACCGAGCCGGAGAUUUGAAAAAACAAAAAAAACGUUUGCUGCGCCGUUUAACGUUCACGUUACUCGGGGAGUUGCGAUGGUCCAGUCAACGGAUAUUUUCUUAGCCUUGCUUCUCGUGGGCUGUGCAGUUUCACUGGAAGUGCAGAUCACACCAACGCACGGGGAGAUAAGUCUUGGAGAGUCCAAAUUCUUUAUGUGCGAAGUUGUAGGCGUUGCCAAGCACAUAGACUGGUUUGGACCAACUGGGGACAGGAUAGAACCGAAUAGACCAGACAUAACAGUAACCCGUAACGAUGAGUCAUCUUCCACCCUCACUCUGUACAAAGCCGGGACUGAAAAUGAGGGGACAUACAAAUGUGUCGCUACCAGUGGAGACCAGCAAGGGGAGUCAACCGUCAAAGUAAAAAUCUUCCAAAAAAUCACCUUCACAAAUGCACCCUCACCCCAAGAGUUUAAUGAAGGAGACAAUGCCAAUAUCAUUUGUGAUGUCAUCAGCUCACCUCCACCCACCGUCCUCUGGAAAUAUAAAGGCACCAAAAUACAGAUGGAAAAAGAUGUUCGAUUUAGGGUACUGAGCAACAACCACCUUCAAAUUCGUGGCAUAAAGAAGACAGAUGAGGGCUUGUAUACUUGCGAGGGUCGCCUCAUGGCCCGCGGCGAGAUUGAUCUGCGUGUCAUCAAGGUCGUUGUGAAUGUGCUUCCGACCAUCAGGAUAUGGCAGUCAGAGGUAAAUGCCACAGCCGAUGUUGGGCAGCCCACCAUGUUGACUUGUGCUGUUGAUGGCUAUCCUGAACCCAUGGUGACCUGGACAAGGAAUGAAGUGGACCUCGAGGCAGGAGAGAAGUACAGUUUUAAUGAAGAUGGCUCAGAAAUGACGAUAAUGGAUGUUACCAAACUGGACGAGGGAGAAUACACCUGCAUUGCCAAGAACAAGGCUGGGGAAGCAGAACAGGAACUCAGUCUGAGAGUGUUUGUCAAACCCAAGAUCACAUACAUCGUAAACCAGAGCACUUCAGAGAUGGAGGAGCAGGUAACUCUCACUUGUGAGGCAUCAGGAGAUCCAACUCCCACUAUCAGCUGGAGCUAUGGUGAUCACGUGUUCACAGAAGGAGAACAGGCACAUCUAAACAGGAUCUAUCAGGCGUCAUGGACUCGGCCUGAACAACACAAGAGCCUGGAUGGAAAUGUAGUGGUGAGGAGUGAUGCCCGUGUGUCCUCCCUCACUCUGAAGUAUGUCAAGUAUACAGACGCUGGUCAAUACCUCUGCACAGCACGCAGUGCCAUUGGAGAGGAUUAUCAAACAGCCUAUCUGGAGGUCCGCUAUGCCCCCAAGAUCCACGGUACAGUGGCUAUGUAUACCUGGGAGGGAAAUCCUGUCAAUAUCAGCUGUGAAGUCAAGGCUUUUCCCAGUGAUGUAUCUAUAGUGUGGCUGAGAGAUGGACUGCAGCUCCCCAACUCCAAUACCACCAACAUUAAAAUCUUCAGAAGUCCCUCAGCCAGCUACCUGCAGAUAACCCCAGAGUCUGAAAAUGACUUUGGAAGCUAUAACUGCACCGCCUCAAAUGAGAUGGGCACAGAGUCCAAGGAGUUCCUGCUCAUUCAGGCUGAGGUUCCGUCACCUCCAUCCAUCGAUGAGGUGAGGCCCUUCUCCACCACAGCACAGAUCCAGUUUGGGGAGCCUGAUUCCACUGGAGGCGUUCCUGUGCUGAAAUACAGAGCUGAGUGGAGGAUGCACGGCAGGGGCGGCUGGGUGCACAAAGUCAUCGAGGUCCAAGACGGCUCCAUCGGUGAGGCGACAAUCACAGGCCUGAAGCCAGAGACGGGCUAUGAAGUGAAGAUGUCAGCCAUCAACGGCAAGGGUGAAGGUGAAAGCAGUCCUGCUGAGUUCUUCAAGACGGAGCCUGUUCGGAAUCCCAAUCCUCCUAAACUGGAAGGGGAUCUUCAGCCUAAAGGCAACUCCCUCAAAGUCAGCUGGAUCAAGCAGGACGAUGGUGGCUCUCCCAUCUUACAUUAUCUUGUUCGUUAUAAACCAAUACAAGCGUCAGAUUGGAAACCAGAGAUCCGGCUGCCCAGUGGCAGUGACUACGUGUUUCUCAGUGGGCUGGAGUGGGACACAGAGUACGACAUCAUUGUGGUGGCAGAGAAUCAGAAGGGCAAGUCCCGGCCAGCAACCAUGUCCUUCAGGACGUCCUCGCAGCCAGAAGCCAUCCCAGAUAUGGGUGAUGAGGCUGCGCUCUCCAUGGGCAUCAUGCUCUGGGCAGGGAUCCUUGUUGUAGUAUUUGUACUCCUGCUGCUGGCUGUAGAUGUCACCUGUUACUUUGUCAACAAAUGUGGCCUCAUCAUGUGUCUCUGCGGCAAAUCAGGCACAGGGACAAAAGGGCACAACUUGGAGGAGGGCAAGGCAGCCUUCGUGAAAGAUGAAUCCAAAGAGCCGAUAGUGGAAGUCAGAACAGAGGACGAGUGCACAGCCAAUCAUAAUGCAGCAGGACCAAUAGAACCCAGUGAAACUACACCUCUCACAGAGCCAGAGCUGGCGGCUUACACUGCUGCUCUGGCACUGGACACCCUCUCCUCCGUAGCCACCAACUCUGACACAGCCACUGCAACAAUUGAUCCCGCUCAGGACAGCCCCUCUAGCGAGACCACUACCCUCACUUGUAGCCUGUCUACCCCGGCCAACGAACCCUCACCCUCCCCUCUUGCGGCUCCGGCCCCGACCCCAGAAUCGAACACGGCCCCGCCGACUCCCGUCGUUUCCACGUCUGCCGUCGAAGCGAAAACAGCGCCGUUAAUAGAGCAAAGAGGAGCUAACCCUCCAGAAGAACCAGCGAAAGUAACCACUCCUCCUCGUACGCCUGAUCAGAUUAAUCCUCAAAAACCUGGGGCACCAAUCCCACCAAAGCGUAGACACUCCCCUAAACUGGCAGCCUUGAAUGCUAAAAGUAGCCCGCCUGUUUCCCCUCUCGCCUCAUCUUCGCCAUCAUCCUCUCCCGCUUUUAACACCAAGAAACCCGCUCCAAGCACACCGGUCACCAAGCUUUCCACACAGCCAAACGCUGUAGCCUUAAACACAGAGAUACCAGCACAAACUGCCUCCACUCGAGCAACUACUGCCCCUCCACAACCAGACCCACAUUGUAAACCUACUGCCCCAGAUUCCAGUGGGUGUAGCCUUACAGACAAACCUGAUGACCAAACCGUUGACAAUAACAUACCUACGGCCAAAGCUGUUGCAGCUCCUCCAGUGAUCCACAGUGCUCUUGAAGACCUGGACACCCAGAAACCUGCUUCUCUAGUCGCAGGCGUUUCCUCCCCUUUACCUGUUACUCCAAUUUCUUCCACUCACCUCCCCGCCAGUCUCAAGGCACCAAUCUCCGAUGAUUUCCUCACAUUGCCGUCAGAUACGUAUGACUUACUAACCCCUGACGCGCGGUUCAAAAACGUGGAUUUAGACUUAGAGCUGACAAACGGAACCGAAAGAUCCUCCCUGCCCCCCGCAGACCUCAUUAGCUUAGACAGCCCCCUCUCUCUGCCCAAUGGAGACGGAGCAGACCUCCCCCCCCCAGGCGAGGCAUCAGAGACUCUGGCCAAGACUGCUCCUCCUGUCAACGAUGAGUACGGCUCCCUCUAGAGGUUUAUCUGUGAAGAUUUUUUCUGAUGAGAAAGGCAAACUGGAGGAGGCAGACUUACCAAACACCCUGAUCACUGCAGAACACAACAGUGUCAUACAGACAAAUACCACCGAGAGCAAAGCAUGAUGGGCCGGGGAAAGCCCAGCCCAAAUCCAAAACAUUUUGCAGCAGCAAAGAGCGAAAGAAACACUGCAGGAGUUUUGAUUUCCAGUGCCCUUAACUACAUAUUUAAAAAAAAAAAAAACAAAAAAAAACACACACUUGUGGCGAUUGGUUAGAGUGCACUUUGACUGUGCUUUCAUUUCUGGUUUUAUUCAUGAAAUGUUUACUACACCCAAGGGAUUUAUCUUUAGGUCAUAAGAGAUUUAUUUUAUUUUUUUAUUCUUAUUUUAUUUGACCUGUCAGGAUGAUUAAGAACAAUCUCUAAUUAUAAUGAUCGCUUGGUAAAUAUAUUAAAUUAGACUCUACUUUCUAUUGUGCUUAUAGUUUUAAUUGCAGUUGUGCAAAAGUAUUGGAUUAUUAUGAGAAAUGUAAAUGUUAAAAAAAAAUAACUAUAUAUAGAAAUUAUUUUUCUUAUUUUCAUGUUCUACUGUUCAAAUGUAAAACUGUUUGCAUUUUUUUUUAGUUUGACCUUUUUUUGUGGGCUAGUCUCAUUAAAUAGCUUGUUCUGCAUGUCUGACCUGCAAGUGGUUGUAACAUUUUGUUUACAAGGUUUAUUGUUUCAGUUUGUCUGUUACAGGGAUUUUCCAUCUCACAGAUAUGCUGGCAAUGAUUAAACAUAGGCCCGAGUUCAAUGUUUGGAUUAUAACCAUAUUUGUUAUGGUUAUAAAAAUACAGGAUUAACCCACAGCCAGCUGCAGGGGGAACGAGACUGUCAGAAAAUCCCACAACAAACCGACAGUGUGCAGGAUCGGAUCAGAUUUGGACCAUUUUAGGAUCAAAUUUAUUCAGUCUGUCGCUGCCUUACCAUAGUGCUGGUUAAAAAUAUUCAUUAAUAAAAUGUGUUUGACUAAAAACAGACAACUCAUUGAACACAAAUGUUUAUAAAACAACAAAAAUUGGCAGCAGAACUGCUGAUUCUCCGCCAAGGGUUGAAGAACUGUGGAAUUAAGCGAAUGUCUUAUGAUCUCGAGCUAAAAAUGUGCUUUUUUGUGGGGGGGCAGCAACUAUGAUAGCUACAGUUUCUUCCUCACAUUUACACAUAUCAAAGAGUCUGGCUUUAUAGUUUGAGAUGUGCAAAAAAUAUAAAUAAAUGAAAAACUCAAAAAAGCAUUUUUGUACUAUUUAAAAACUACAAAGAUUUGUUUUCCAUUCCUGCCUGCAAGCUUGUGCACUGUGCCUGUGUGUCAGUAGAUUGUCUUGUCAUCAGUUUCUAUGAUAAUCUGCAUAGCUUUGUCGUGAGAGAUUUUAGCCUAUCCUUUUUAUUUGAUGUAUUAUUAGAAGAAAAGUAUGAUAAAUGGACUAAUGUGGUCAUUAUAACACGUGUAGUGUAUAAAACUGUCCGUCUCUGGUCACAGCACUAUAUAUUGCCAGCUAUAGUGAAGGGAGGUGUUUUGAGCCUUGGCAUGAAUUCAGUCAGUACUUCAUAACGUAUAACUACAAGGCAGAUAGACGUGCCCAUGUUUGUAUGGGGCAACUAGUUGUCAUAUUGAUUUAAUGAGUGUUACCUUUGGGGCUUGUUCUGGCAUAAUUACACAAUGCUUUUAUUUCUCUCCCCCAGUUGUUAUUCAAGUGUUCUGUAAUGUGGUCUUUGAAUUUAUUUUUCUUCUUCUUUUUUUAAAGUUUUUGUCUUUUUGUACAAAAAUCACUCACCAAGAGCGACUGCUUGACAAGUUCAGGAUCCCAUUGGCAGGAAGCAGGGUGGUCCAACCUGAAAACACAAGAUCAAACUUAAAAAAAAAAAAAAAAAAAAAGCGUUUGAUAAAAGAUCCAGAGAACCGAACACAGAUUCGAAGUCUAUGAACAGGAACAAACAAGACAAGCUUUACUCUCCUUGUACUCCAUGGCUGUUACCAGACCACCUUGCUCCCUCGUCUCUGGACGUUCCUUUUGGUUUUAUUGGGUCAAACUCAGAAAACAUCUGUUGUGUACAGUCUGAGUGCUAACCCAUUUACAAAAUAAAAAAUGGUUUCCGAAUCUAA